AUGCUCGAACAAGCAGAGCCCGAGAGGGUGAAACAGUACAUUUGGAUUGCAAGCAUUGCGCUCCUCGUGAUUGCGGGCAUCAAGCUCCUCAGUAUUGGCAGCCGCCCAAAGGAUCUUCCUCCAGGGCCUCCAACAUUGCCCGUCAUCGGCAACCUCCAUCAACUUCCCAAAAAGAAUAUUCAUGUCACAUACCAGAAAUGGGCCAAGGAAUACGGCCCCAUGUUCUCCCUUAAGCUGGGCGACUCGACGACAGUGGUGCUAGCAGAUGGCUAUGUGAUUCGCGAGCUGGUGGACCUGAGGGGUGGUAACUAUGCACAUCGGCCAAACCUGUGGGUGCGAGAAUUGUUCGACGAUUCGAGAAUCAUCAUGCGAGGUUACGACGAUCUUUGGAAGUUGGAGAGGAAGAUGUAUCAUGCCUCCCUCAAUAUCAAUGUUGCCAAACGUUAUCUCCCUUACCAGGAGCUUGAAUUCUUGCAGAUGAUCCACGACACGAUCCAGAAGCCAGACGAUUUCGUCGACCACAUUGGACGGGCAACAGGAUCCUUCGCUGCCUCCAUGACCUAUGGCUUCCGACUCCCCGACAAAGACAGUGAUCUCACCCACGAGAUGCUGCACAACUCUCAUGGUUUCUUCACGUGCGUUAUGAAAUCACAGCUCUUCGACUACUACCCCUUCCUCCGCAACGUCCUCAAGCUGUUUCCACAAUCGUGGAAUCCAUUGGCCAAAGAGGCACUACAAGCGUAUGAGAGCGAGCGCAAUGUAUUUGCCAAAAGCUGGAAAGUUGCACAAGAAGGCUCUCUACCAUGCUUCGCGAAGGAUAUCGCUCAAGCCCGUGAAAAGGCAGUGGCGGCGGGCGACGAGGGUCUCUUCACAGAGCAUGCUGCACAGUACAUAGCUGGCAUUAGCUUUGAAGGCGGAGCCGACACCACCCGCUACACUCUACACGGCUUAUACAAGGCAUUGACAAUGUUUCCUGACGCACAAAGAAAAGGUCAAGCUGAAAUUGACACCAUCUGUGAUGCGGAAACAUUCCCCAUGGGCCAUCACAUCAAAGACUUCCGCUACAUCAACCAGAUAGCCAAGGAGAACAUCCGAUGGAUGCCAACGGCGAUCAAUGGUGCCAUUCCCCAUGCUGCGCUCAAGGAGGACCAUUACCGUGGCUUCCGUAUUCCACAGGGCGCAAAUAUCGUCCUCGCAGUCUGGUCUGCGAACAACGAUGAUAAAGAUUUCCCCAAUGCGAGGGAUUUCAUUCCAGAACGUCACCCUGCAGAGUCUAGUUUGUUCGAAAGUAUGCAUGUAGCUACCAACACGCUACUUCUAGCAAUCGCAAGGAUCUUGUGGGCUUUCGACAUCACCUACGCAAAGGACGAGAACGGCAACGAGAUUCCAAUCGAAAGAGAUGCCUUUGUCGGCGGGCUGGCUGCAGCUCCCGCACCAUUCAAGCACGUCGUCCAAUCAACCCCUAUUGGUCGUGAACAAUCUGGCUGA